AUGGCUCAGACUAUCGCCAGAGGAUCGGGUCGAGAUGAUCAACUGGUGGAUAUCGACCAGGCCUUCCAGGACUUCAUGAGAGAUUACAGCAAGAAGUAUGAGACGGAUGAGCAGUACCAGGUUGCGAAGGCUGCUUUUUCACAAAGCGUGAGGGAAAUAGAGGAAUUGAGAGCGAAUGGCGAUAUUACUCAUGAGGUCGGCCUCAAUGAAUAUGCCGAUGUACCACCUGAAGUAUUCGAUAAAGCGUUCCAGUCUGCUACAGAUCCGCAGCUCAAGGAAAACCUGCGCUCAGUCAAUGCGACUUGUACUAUCACCUUGCUCUUGUUCCACGGAAGCAAAAAGAUUCCCUCAGACCCACAAGACGAAAUAGCAGCUCCUCCGUCGGUUGACUGGGAAGCCGCUGGUGCUUUGGCUCCAGUCAGGAAGCAAUCUACUUCGCGGAACAAAUGUGGCUCCUGUUAUGCCAUAAGCGCUACCGUCGUGUUGGAGAGCCGUUUCAAGAUACAGAGCGGCAUUGCUAAAGUGGUUCCGUUCUCAGUUCAACAGAUACUUGAUUGUAGUGGAGCCUACGGAAAUGACGGUUGCAGAAAAGGUGCUCCUCUGUGGUCGUAUCUGUACGCAAAGGACCAUGGUAUAGUGCGAGCCAGCAGCUACCCCUAUGAGGCUAAGGCUGGUGCGUGUAAGGAGUCGGUCACUAAGGAUUCGAACCUGAAGUGUCUCAAGUAUGGUGAUAUCGAUGCAUUCUAUGGCGUACCGGCGGCCAACGAGGCUCUCAUGAUGCAAGCUGUGGCUACCGGACCAGUGGCGGUUAUUCUGUAUAGUUACGCCCCGUCAUUCAGACACUACAAAGGCGGGAUUAUCACAGCCAAGACCUGCGGAGUGUCUAACCCGAACCAUGCGGUAACUAUCGUUGGUUACAACACUUCGUCGGAUGGAACUCGGUAUUGGAAGAUUCUCAACUCCUGGGGGAAGUCCUGGGGAUUAAAAGGCUUCGCUUACAUCGAACGAACCGGCAACGAACCUGGUAAAUUCCAGUGGAAACUGCGGCGCGGUCGUGCCCAUUACUGUUCCUGCUCCUACUAUCGUGAGUCACGACAUAUGUAG